ACCGCACCUGCGCAGCCAUCUUGAGCCUCUAGCAAGCAACGGACACAGAAAGGCAGAAAAUAGGAGUAAAAUACAACAGCCUAACCUGAGGAAACAGGGAUAUGUCCCCUAGAAUCAAGGACAUAUGAAACAUUAAAGGUCGAAUACAGCGGAACGACCACGGGACAGUGACGGAGACUGUAAAACAGCCAUCUAAGUGCCUCGGAUACCCGGACCUACAAGUCAUCUUUUUACCGGAGUAGGAAGGAAGAGUCGAGUCGCCGACAGAAAAACACAUCCAGAGUGAAACCAUGAAUCCCGAAUAUGACUAUCUGUUCAAGCUUCUGCUCAUUGGAGACUCUGGAGUAGGAAAGUCCUGCCUCCUGCUGCGCUUUGCUGACGACACCUACACAGAGAGCUACAUCAGCACCAUCGGAGUGGACUUUAAGAUCCGCACCAUUGAGCUGGAUGGCAAGACCAUCAAACUGCAGAUUUGGGACACUGCAGGUCAGGAGAGGUUUCGGACCAUCACCUCCAGUUACUACCGCGGUGCCCACGGCAUCAUAGUUGUAUAUGAUGUGACAGAUCAGGAGUCCUAUAACAAUGUGAAGCAGUGGCUUCAGGAAAUCGACCGCUAUGCCAGCGAAAACGUCAACAAGCUUCUGGUGGGCAACAAGUGCGACCUGACCACUAAGAAGGUAGUGGACUACACAACAGCCAAGGAGUUUGCUGAUUCUUUGGCUAUCCCCUUCCUGGAGACAAGCGCCAAGAAUGCCACCAACGUUGAGCAGGCUUUCAUGACCAUGGCCGCAGAGAUCAAGAAGCGCAUGGGCCCCGGGGCAACUGCCGGCGGCGACAAGCCCAACUUGAAAAUCGAGAGCACCCCCGUCAGGCAGUCUGGAGGGGGCUGCUGUUAAAAGACCCCUCGACCUCACCAACCUGACCAUCACCUCUACCAUCUCCACUGAAAUCUCCCCUUCUUCUCCCUUUGUGUUCCCUCCCAUCUUCUCUGCCACUCCUGCACCUCACCAUUCCUCCAUAACAGCCUGUAACCCACACCUCCUCCCUGACUCCCCUUCUAUCAGCCCGCCUGGACAUCCAGGGAUGGUUGGCCAAACAGAGGAGUAAACUGUAGGAGUGUUAACAUCAGAAAACAGAUUGAAACUUUACAAGGGUUUGUACACCCAAACAACUGAGAGAGGAGAGCAACCAGUGUGUGAGGGAGGGACAGAAACAGACAGCGAAGCAACUUUUACUUUCUGCCAAGAGGACAGAAAGAAAACAGAUACGGAGGAAGAUUGGUAUUGAUUUAGAGUGGAAUGGAGGCAGUGGAAGAUUAGGUUUAGAUACCAGUGAGCUUAUCUCUCAACACACACACACACACACACACACACACACACACACACACACACACACACACACUCAAACACACUGUAGUGGGGUGGUAGAGUUUAAAGAGAUUUAAGCCUUUUGGCCAAACACUUCUCCUCAGGCUGUCUGUCUUUGCUGAUCUUGGGGCCUCCCCCAGCCUUGCCCCAGCCCAUCCAUGGAAUUAUUUACCUGCAUAAACACACACACACAUGCACACACAGGUGCUACAGUGUGCCUGAGUCACACACUGUCGACACUCUGUAUACAGUAAGAAGUGUUCCUGAACAGUGACUCAUCUUUGCCAUUUAUUGAUAAAGAUCCAGGGAAAACCCUUUCAGUGAGCCUCCACUCCCUCCAUCUGUCCUCUUCUUCAGCUGCCACUCUCACUUUCUUUAGGUGUGUUCAGACAGAAGGCAAAGAGAAUUUUCACAUUAUGUCAUUCACACAAAUUUGACCCGAAACACCCCCUACGAACUGUAGGGGGGUUAGCUGUAGACAGUGGUGAUUUUAGGUGGGGAAAAAAUGAUAAAGCGACUUUGGGCAAAUACUAAACGAGAAAAUUACAAAAGUUUUCAUAAUUUUGAUGUGAUGUUUUUGACCACUUAAUAUAACAUACACAGGAAGCAAAAAAACGCAUCUUCUCUUACCAGUGGUUUGGUUCAGAACAAUAUUCAGUGGCUGGUGGGCACUGAGGCCUUUAGUUUUUCUUCCAAAGUCAAUUUUAUAUUCUUUAUUUUUUAAUUUAAAGGGCAGACUCUCAAAUUUGUGCUGCUGUUAUGGGGAACAGCAGUUACUAUCUCCUUUAAAAGAAAUACAAACUUCUGCCAAAUACGAGCACAUGAGGACAACAGAACCUGGCCAACGGCCAGUGAAAUUGCAGUGGAGCAACAGGCAAUCAGCCCCACUUGGGAUCACAUUCAUAGUUUGGGCACUUGACAUUGCGAGUGUGGGGGUUAUCCCUGGUAUAGUGGCCUCUUGAGCCAAGCGCCACUAAUUCACCUUUUUUAAACCAUGCUAUCCAGCCACUGAUCUUAAAUUGUAGAAUAAUGACAAAUAAAAGCAGCAUCUGAGGAUUGUUUAUGUCAUGCAUUAGUGCAUUAAUUUUUCAGUUACUCAGUACCACUAAAAUCGCACUGUUUUCUGCUGCCAGCAGGUGGGGCAGCAGGGGACUGUCACCUCUAGCUGUAAGCUAGCUAGUGGAUGCACCGACCGUGUGUGUGAAGACAUUUUCAUAGUUCUCAAACCCCCACGUGGCUUACAGUACAUAACUUCAGUGCUCCUAUUGGUGGUGUGAAUGCAAACAUAAAAAAAAAAGCCUUUUAAGGUAUUCAGUUCUUGGGGUAGUUCCCCAGUGGGCACUUCCUCUCAGGGAAUCCCCAGAACUGUUUGGUCCUAAAAUGCCUUAUGUGUUCAACUUAAUGACUGAUCUCAGAACUCAAGGGCAUUUCUUAAUUAUGUCCUUACAGUCUCUCUCCUUUAUGAUGCCCAGGAUGAGCAUGAAUUUUGUGCUCAAGUUAUAACACAUCAACUCGCACAGUCAUGUCUUUGCCUCACAUUCUGUCUGAACACACCUGACAAGGUACUGUAUACGGAUGACAGAAGUAUUUGUGUGAAGAAUGGAAAAAAGAGAGCUUGCUUUCACAACACUUCUCAUGUAGCCAGUUGCUGCAUAAAGUAAGAAUGAUUGUCGGAUUGAAGUUCCAAAAAUUACUGGACGCAGUCCCCCAGUUGCACUGCGUAAAAGGGUUCUGAGAUGCGACAAGCAUUUUAUCUGAAGCAAGCUGAACAGGCAAAGCAAGAUUUAUUUUGUAUUCUCGCCAAACAAGCUAGGUGGCAUAAUGACUACUUGUGGGGCCAGUUGGCAAGCUACUGUACCCAAAUUUGUGAAUCCUAGUAUAGCAAAGGUAUGACCCGCCCUGCGCUCCCUAUGAUUGGCUAAUACUUGUUGCCUUCGUUGGUUGGAUUGGUUAGAUUUAGGAAAGAGGAGUGGGAUUGGUAUGGGUAAGAAUGUCAGGGUAAGCCAAUCAGAGGCAGAGAAAGGCAGGCCAUUCCUUUGCUAUCCUCAAAUUGGCAAAUCCGCCCACGGUACUGCUGGAGAGCUAACUUCUAACUAGUUGCAGUUAACAAGCAAGCUAGCUUAUUCGAUAGCAAUUAGUUGACACUUAACCCAUGGGACAAUUUCAUCAUCUCCUGUCUACAAACUGUGUCUCUUUGUGGGGGUUGUUUGUAUACAAGUGGAUGGCACAACACAGCUAAUGUGAGUCUCCUCCAUCUUGGAGUAUUUUGCCCGCUGCUCCCUCAGAAGUCGGAAUUGCCAAGCGGAUUUGCGAUUGGUGUCCAAAAAUUCACCAAUGUUAAACUAUGGGAAAGCUUUUUGCUCAUUUACUUUGCAGCAGUUCCACUAAAAUAAAUUGGUUUUGGCCAUUGGUGUGACCAGGCCCUUUGUCUGAACCUGUAAUGAGAUCACAAACAGGAGAAAUAUCUACAUUGUAGCUAGUUUGACUGAAGCAUUACCCAAGGGGUUCUUUAAACAUGCUCCCUGCUCAACAUUUGAGAUAGAAGAGGACCACAGGCAGGUCAGUUAAUUCCACAUAUAGACAUCAGAGCUGGGAUGGAGGCGGAGUUUGUGAGAACUGCAAUUUAUGGUGUUAGUGUUUGUCUUCAUUUCAUAUCUAAAAGAAAGCGUUGUGACUAAAAGCUGAAACAUUGAGCUCCUGGAAUGACACUAAAUAUUACAGUCUAAGGGCCACUAACACUGCAGAGGGAUGAGGAAGAGUGAGGGGGACACACUCGGUAAACAGAAGUGAUUGGCAAUAUUCUGCAUUGAUCUUACAAUUACUGUUUUAUUAUUGUUGUGCUUUUAUUAUUUUUUAUUUUCUCAUUGAUACUUCUGAUAGAGAUGACUUGUACAAUUAGCUGAAACUCAUGUUCAGUAUGUGACGGCGUGUCAUUAGAUUCUUGCUUGUGUGCAGAUGAAGCUGAGGUGGAGAUGUGGUGUGGGUGUGUCUGUUGGCUGAGGGGGUGGGCUCCUACAGAAGCUGCUGUUCCUUCCCUCAGAUCGUCCCAUCUGGACACAUGGUUCACACCUGUCUUUUAUGUCCCUGUGCAUUUCAGGUCCCUGAUUUGAUGCUUUAGUGUUCCAGUUUGUGCCACUUGUGUAAUUCUUCUUUUUACAUUUGAGUCCCUUAUAAAAAAAUAUUAACAGUUAUGUAUACUUCAGAUUAACCAAGAUGGACAUUUGUUGUUCCACAAUGUCAAAAAGGGGGUUUCAGGUGCUGUCAAAGGAUUCCACAAGCACUUUUGAAGUAUACUGAUGCUUUACCGUUUAGCACGGCAGGUCAUUAAACAGACGUUUCUGCAUUAUAGAAGACAUCCAUUAUCAUGAGGACAUGGACACUGAAAGACAAUGAAAAUUUGAGACGCAUCUCCAAGAACUUGUUUAGAUGUGACUAAUCAGCCCCUCCAGGAUGUUGCGAUGAACACAAAUUCAACCAAUCCCAGUGAAUUCUGUGCAACCCUGCAAUUUUUUCCAAUUGCUGCAACUUUUUGAUACAAUUUUGACCAAUCGUAGUUCUCUGCAACGUCACCAAACCCACUUUCUUGUUUCUGGUUGUGCAGACAACACAAGCAAACAAAAAUGCCUGCUAAAGACCACGCAAGGCAAUCCCCUGAUGUUCUGCACAAUAGCAUGAGUAAAAUGUUUUGCACCGUGUACACGCUGUCGUGGAACACAAACACUUUUCUACCACAAAACACCCAGAGAAUGGCAGAAAUGUGUGGACAACAGAUUAACAUGUCAAAAGCUGCUGGAUCCAUAUCUUUUGCAAAUGCUAAGGUGCAUUGGGUUAAAUAUGCAUGGUUAGUGGUAUUCAUGGUAGAGUAUAAAUCACAAACAAUGCGGUUUUAGGGGCUAUGUGCACCAAAGCGUUUUUUCUGAGGCUGGCGUAUUUUUGUAAUGCUUUGCAAUGGGAGCACCGUGUAUUUACAUUGUGCUACAAACACUAGCAAUGUGACAAGGUGUUGGGCGUGAAUUAUGCGCAGAGUGCUGCCGGUUGGGCGUUUUUAUUCUGAUCACUGAGAAUUUAAAAAAAAUUCACUACGCUUUUCACUUCAGUAUUUCAGUCACAAAAACUUCUUUAAACAUGGCAACAUGCAGGUUUUUUGAAAAGCUGCCACGUAGUCAGGCAUUUUAGGUCACAACACAACAUUGUCAAAAAAAGCCUGCAAAAUCCUGGAGGGACUGAUUAAUGAUCUGUCACAGUUUUGUACCUGUAUUGCAGCAUGAAAUUUCUUUCUUGACAUUAGAAAAAUCUGAAGUCAAGCAUCAUGUCCCAUCUUUUUUCAGAGCUUACACCGUCCUUAUCGAAAGAAUCAUGAUUGUGUUGAGGCAGAAACUGUCUGAUCAAAGUAUUUGACCAAACAUUCAACCCCAAAUCCUGGUACCACAACAUACUGCGGUUUUAUAGCCAGCAUUAAUUACUUGAACAAACUGGAGUUAGCGGUUGCUAAUCUAGACAUUUAUGUGAACAGAUCACAUGUUCUGUUUGGAUCUGACACAGGCUGGUUGUCACUGACUGCCAACGGUUGGUGUGGUGACGGUGAAAUCAGCGACAGGUAUGAAGCUGUUGCCACGCCUGGAGCUCUGAGUGGCUCUUAGCUUCUUGUAGCUGUGUUAGGUCUCAGCGUGUCUCCAGGGAAACUGGAAGGAAUGUGAGUUAAAGAGCAUCCCCCUGUCCUUACAGAGGGGCCUCUACACUGAAGUAAAAAUUCUGUGAGACCUCAGCAAUCUGAGCCGCAACUUUUUACUCUGUUUUACAAAGAACUGGAAAUCAUGGUGACGUUGUUGUAUAAGUCUGAACAUUCUGUACUAAAGUAGCAUUAGGGCCUCCUAAACCCUUUUAUUUGUCUCGGUUAUUGUGGUCCGUCGUACACAGCAGGGAGAUCCACGCUUAACAGAAGCUACUGGCAUUCAGUUCCAGACCAUGGUCAGUUUCAUCAUUUGUGUUGCAUUAGGAGGCAUCUGGAGGUUCAGGGACUGACUGGUCGUGGUUUGCUGACCGGGUAUGAACUCCCAACUCUCCCCUCCAGACAACCAUGUCACUGCAACCUGAUGAAUUCCUCAAGAUCCUCCCUGACUGGCCCUUCUAUUCAGAUCAGGGAGUCUCAACCAGGCUUUGGUUGCACUCCUGGUUCUCUCUGUAAGAAAAACCUGUCAGCAUUUCAGGUAAAACAGCAACACCGGCAUCACAGUUCUCCUGGAAACUGAAUAGAAAUGAGUCCACAUUGAGCCUUCUGUUUGUGAAGCCACUGAUUGAUGCUUGGUGAGACUCUGGAGUGAUCAGAGUACUGAUGUGACGUCAGCUACUUGUGUGUGUGUGUGUGUGUGUGUGUGUGUGUGUGUGUGUGUGUGUGUGUGUGUGUGUGGUGGCAUAAUUUUACACUCAUGUAUUUUUAGCCUUGUGUUUUUCAGCCUUGCUUGGCUAAACUGGAAUGCUGUAGUUUGCUGAGCAGGACUGAAAUCUGACGUUAAGGGGGAGGGAAGGAAACAGCAGUAAGUGUAUGUGUGUGUGUGUUCUUGUACUUACUGCAUAGUGAGGACCACAAACUUGUAACAACAGAGUGAGGACAUUUUGGCACUUCUUCAAAGGUCUCUUUGAGGGUCAAGAUUCUGCUUUAAGGUACAAGUAGGUUACAGUUAGGUGUAGGUUAAUGUUGGGGUUAGGUAUUAAGUUGUGAUGGUUAAGGGUAGGGGAAGGGGCAAGGGGAUGCAUUAUGUCAGCGAGGGUCCUCACAAAGAUAGAAGUACAAGAAUGUGUGUGAUAGUAGAGUAGGGCAGGGUCAUGUGUAACAUUCCUGAGCUUUUUGGACACAUUGGCAUCCUGGCAUCAUGCCAGUCUCAAUAGAGUAGAUGCAGAACAAGCAGUCAUUUGAAACUUAACACUCUACACACACACACAAACACACAUGCUCAUACUGGAUGUUUUGGGAUUUGAUGACUGAUUUCUUUUUUUUAAAAUCUUUCUUUCAACAAGUCUUGAUAUUCUACUGAUUUUAAUGUAUUCAUUGAAUACUAUACUAUGUUGUCUCGUCCAUGGAAGUAUGUAGGGGACACUGGGUAGGGCGGGGAAUCUGAUGAGGGUUGGGUUAAAAACAUGUAGGGUGGGGCUUUUGCUUAUGAAUGUGAUUCUGAUGAAACAACACUUGACUUUUCUUCUUAAGUUCACUUUUUUUGUAUUCAUUUGGGUUAAAGGGGGUAUUUUCCAUGUCAUUUGCACACUCGUCCAUCGCUGUUCAAUGGCUUAAUAAAGGCACUCACUAGGUGUUGUUUGUUAAUAAAAAGCACCGGGCAGGAGCUCGCCUGUCACUCACCUUCUGUCUUUUUUCUGUUUGGCUUGUUCACUUUGGUGCUGUCUCCCUGCUGAGUUUGAUCAUGUUUUUUUUUCUGUACAUAUUAUAAAUAUAUAUAUAAUAAAAUGAUGAAAAAGAUCAACGUCAA